AUGCGAUACGGCAAAGUUGCAGUAUUCUCUCGGCCAGGUGAGCCUGUGAAGAUUAUCGAGGAAGAAAUUCGACAGCCAGCGUCUGAUGAGAUCCUGGUGCGGGUGUCGAUGGCAGGGAUCUGCGGCAGCGAUGUCCACAGAUUAAAAGGCGACAUCCCAGCCCACUUAGACGCAGUCUGCUUUGGACACGAAGCUGCUGGCGUCAUCGAAAGCCUGGGAGCCGAAAUAAAAGCAGACAGUGUUGAUACGCCGUUAGCCGAAGGAGACAUGCUAUAUUGGAUGCCAUUAGCACCUUGUGGUACUUGCUGGGAAUGUGUCAACUCGAGCCCUAUACACUGUCCGAAUCUCAACUGGCCUCCGCCCGCCGGAAAACCUAACGGAGCGGGCUUCAGGCAAUACGCAACUCUCAACAAGAAGUGCGUAUAUAUCCGGGUGCCUCCUGAUGUGUCCCCUGAAAAUGUCAUUGCGUUCGGGUGCGCAAUGCCAACGGCCUUCAGAGGUCUAAAGCAACUAGGUCCCAUCAGUCCUCAGGCCGAUAUUGUCGUACAAGGCUCGGGUCCGGUCGGCCUGGCAUGCACAUUCUUAGCAAGUCGGGCCGGUGCCCGUUCUGUUAUCGUGAUUGGGGAUCCUGCCGGUCGUCUUGAGGUCGCAUCUUCACUUGGUGCGACUUGCACGAUGUCCGUAGCCAACACCACUGCGGAGAUGAGAUUGAAGAAGGUCAGAAAUCUGACAGAAGGUCGUGGGGCAAGCAUUGUUGUGGAAGCUGCUGGAACGGUCGCUGCGUUUCCUGAGGGUUUGAAUCUCCUUCGAACGAAUGGAAAAUAUGUGAUUAUGGGACUAUACUCCGGCGAGGCCACAUGUUCAAUCAAUCCUGUGCGCAUCAAUAACUUCAAUCUACAAAUCAUCGGGAGCUUGGGUAUUGAUGUGGACGCAUUCCGCCAAACCGUGGACAUGGCAUCUGAACACGGUGGUCGAUUCCAUUUUCCAGAGCUAAUCACCCAUCGAUUUCCCUUAGAUCGCCUCGAGGAAGCUAUUGUAUUAUCAGGGCAGGGAAUCCCCAUCAAAGCCAUCAUUCUGCCGAACGAAGAUGUAUAG